GGAAGCUGGUUUAGAUAAGCUUCCUCUCAGUCGGACUCACUUCAGAUCCCGUUCAGCAGCAGAAUGGCGUCCAGGUUCCUCGUCCGAACUGCGGUGAGAGCCGCUCUCUCCAGGCGGGCUGCCCCGGUCCAGGCCGCUGCUCGGGGGUUCGCAGCUGGAGGAAUCCCUACUGAUGAGGAGCAGGCCACUGGGCUGGAGAAAAUCGUGAUGAACGCAGCUAAACAGGGGGCUGAUCCCUACAGCAUGCUGAAGCCAAAGGAGUACGCAGGCACUAAGCAAGAUCCGCAUAUUGUGCCUUCCAUCAACAAGAAGAGAAUCGUUGGCUGUGUUUGUGAAGAGGAUAACACAGCAGUGGUGUGGUUCUGGCUGCACGAGGGAGAGGCCCAGCGCUGUCCAUCUUGUGGUGCCCAUUACAAACUUGUCCCUCAUGAACUGCCUCAUUAAGUAAUUGCUGUUUCACAUUGCACAGUAGCUUUAACCUGGUCAGUUUCUACAAAUUCCAUUGAUUUUACCUCAUUUUGCUGAUCCUUAUUCCAUACACAUGUGCAAGUACUCUGGUGCACAAGGAAUUGUAAUGUCUUUAGAGUUUGGUUUUUGGUCUCAGCUGUCUAUGGCAACACAAUGCCUGAGGGACCACUUUGUAGUUCUGUAUUUGGGGGAACAAGGAGUGUUGCCUUCUGGUGUGCUUUUAGCAUUUGUCUUGUACAUCACACACUUUAGGUGAACAGCUGAAAACUGAAAACUGCAUUGUAAUUAUCCAAGUACAGAUCUGAAGUACUUGUGUUGGACAUCUUAUUACAAAAAACAUACUUAAUUAAAAUUUUACUUGCAUAUGUGAAAAAUGAGCAUUCCAAUAUCAACUUAUCUCCUCUUAACAGAAGAGAUUGUCCAUGUUCAGGUUACAUGUGCUGUACUUUGUGAAUGAUGCUGAUCGUGGAGUUGCAUUCCCUGUGAUCUGGGACUCAGUACAUGAUUAGCGUUGAAAAGCUUAUGUGGAUUAUGCGCUUCUGUUCAAACUGUUCUGUAUUUAUCUCCGUUGGAGAUCCUCUGAAAUAAAUUAAUCUAGGGAAACAGUG